AUGUCAACGGUAAUUUCGAAUAGUAAAGUCGUUCAAGUGUGUAAUAUAUCAACAUCAUGUCAAAGAGAUCAAUUAAAAGCAUUAUUCAAUUUCUUCGGAAGAAUUGAUGAAGUUCAAUUAUAUCCGGAUAGUGAAACUUUAGCACAGACAAUCAAUGGCAAGGUUGGUUAUAUUAAAUUCGAUCGUAAUGAUAGUGUUCAUGGCGCAUUAAAUAUGACAAAUACAAUAUUUAUUGAUAAACCAUUAAUUGUUUCUCAAGUAUUUGAAAAUACUAUACCUGAUGAAACUGAUUCAAUGAUGUAUUGUGCACCAUUAAAUCCAAAUGUAACAUUAAUCAGUGGUGGUCCAACGUGGCCGAGUACUGUAAUUAAUCGACUUGUUGGUCAACCACCAAAUGCGUAUUAUGAAACAAUUGAUCCAGAAUUAACUGAUCGAAAUUUACCUUCAUAUCCACCAUUAUCAGGAACACUUGAUAUACCAAAAGUUGAAGAAAUUCGACGAACUGUUUAUUUAUCGAAUUUAGAUAAAGAUAUUGAUUUAGAUGUAUUACAUGAAUUUCUUUUACAAAUUGGUGAAAUUCGUUAUAUUCGUUCAGCUUAUACUGAUGAAAAUGCUGAAGUACGUGGUACUUAUGUUGAAUUUAGUGAACAACCAUCAAUACCUAAAGUACUUUCAAUAAAUGGUUUUCAAUUUUUUGGUCGACCUUUAUUUGUUAAUCAUGCAACUUCAUGUGUUAUUAAGCCAGCAACUGUUCGAGGAUUACGAAGUGAUGAAGAAGAGAUGAAAAUGAGUCCAUCACGAUCUCGAAGUGCAUCACGUCGUCGAGGUUCAGCAACAGGUGAAGAAAGUGAUCAUGAUCGUAAGUCAACAUCAAGAUCAAAAUCUCGUAAAAAAUCUACAAAAUCAACACGAUCACCUAAACGUCGUUCAAGAUCAAAGAAACGUAGUCGAUCACGAUCAUCACGUGAUCGAAAACGACGUUCACGUUCACGAUCAUAUGAUCGUCAUCGACGAAAGAAAGAUUCACGUAAACGUUCGCGUUCACGUUCUCGUUCACGUUCCAAAGGACGUCAUCAUCGAAGUGAAAGUCGUAAAGAUAAAAAAUCUCGACGAUAG